UCUUCUCCAAGGGAUCUUCUUGACCCAGAUGCAGCAUCCUUGUCUGGUCAGAACUACAGCACAGUGUCUGAAUUCAUCCUCAUCGGCUUCUCCAACUUCCCUCAGCAGCUCCUGCCCUCCUUCUUCCUGCUGUACCUGCUGAUGUACCUGUUCACGCUGCUGGGGAACCUGCUCAUCAUGGGCACCAUCUGGAGGGAGCACAGCCUCCACACCCCCAUGUACCUCUUCCUGUGUGCCCUCUCCAUCUCCGAGAUCCUGUUCACUGUUGCGGUCACCCCUCGCAUGCUAGUGGACAUGCUGUCCACCCACCGCUCCAUCACCUUUGUGGCCUGUGCCAGCCAGAUGUUCUUCUCCUUUACAUUUGGCUUCACCCACUCCUUCCUGCUCAUGAUCAUGGGCUAUGACCGCUACAUGGCCAUCUGCCACCCCCUGCGCUACAACGUGCUCAUGAGCCCCCGUGACUGUGCCCGCCUUGUGUCCUGCUGCUGGGCCGGUGGCUCAGUCAUGGGGAUGAUGGUGACACUGAUAGUUUUUCACCUCACCUUUUGUGGGUCUAAGGAGAUACACCAUUUUGUCUGCCAUGUGCUUUCCCUCUUGAAGUUGGCCUGUGGGAAGGAGACAGCCUCUGUCACCAUGGGUGUGAUCCUGGUCUGUGUCACGGCCCUGCUUGGCUGCUUAUUCCUCAUCAUCCUCUCCUAUGUCUUCAUCGUGGCUGCCAUCUUGAGGAUCCCCUCUGCCGAGGGCCGGCACAAGACCUUCUCCACCUGUGUCUCCCACCUCACCAUAGUGGUCGUGCACUACGGUUUUGCCUCCCUCAUCUACCUCAAGCCCAAAGGCUCUCAUUCUAUGGACAGUAACACGCUCAUGGCCACCACCUAUACGGUCUUCACCCCCUUUCUUAGCCCCAUCAUUUUUAGCCUCAGAAAUAAGGAGCUGAAGAACGCCAUACAGAGAAGCUUCCAUAGAACUUUCCACCCCCUAAGCUCCUGA